ACAACGAAAUUGAAGUUUAAUUUAUUUAAUUCAGUAAAUAAAAGUGCUAAAUACAUAGGUAACUCUCACAAAAUAUUUACAUAGGGGAAUAGAUUACGUGUACUGAUAAAUAAAAGUGUGGUUUGAAAUUCAGGUUAUUUAUCUUAAUUUAAAACUAUAACUAACGGUUCGAAAAGUGUCACGACAUGGAUCAGGAAAGGCCAGAAAGUACGAUAAAUCACGGAAAACGUAGUCGACCUUUGCUACUACAACCAAGUCCAAAAAUAGCAAGGUUAUCAGCUUACGGGAGUUCAUCUAGUUCAGCGCUUAAGAAUUCAAAAAAAUUGGGACCACAUUCGCUUAAAAAGACUAAACCUUUGAUUAAUAAAAAUGAUGUACCUCCCCCUGGUACCCCAGUACCUGAUAAGUACGUUCGUAAGGCUGGUCCUUACCUAUUAGGACCGAAACUGGGGCCUAGUCCAGUCAAGAGUAUAGUUCAGUGUCUGGCAAGAAAAGAAAAAACUGAUGAAUAUUAUCAAAUUAAGAUUUUAACGCUUCGUAACGAGGGCCAACCUGAAACACAAGAUGAUAGACAAGGGAAGAUGUUACUGCACACAGAAUAUUCAUUAUUGUCAUUAUUAAAGGAUCAAGAUGGUGUGGUUCAUCACCAUGGACUUUUUAAGGAUCAUGCUCUUGAGGAAAUACCUAAUCCAAAUGGCCCGGGUUUUCUAUACACUGGUCGAGUUCGGCAGAGAUUAUUUCUUGUUUUGGAUUGUGUAACAUCACACCAGUUCAGUGAGAAAGGCAGCGAGUUGAUAAAUUUGCAGCAGUAUGUAACAAAAGUGAAGAAAGUUCCGGAAAAAGAAGCUGUCCUUAUAUUCUAUGAUAUUGUUAGAGUUGUUGCCAAUUUACAUAAGAUAAACAUAGUACACAGAGACCUGAAGCUAGGCAAUAUAGUGCUGAACCAAAGAACAGGCCGGAUAACAAUAACAAACUUCUGCUUGGGCACACAUUUAGGGAGUGACAGAGAUUUGUUAAAGGAUCAGAGAGGUUCACCAGCUUACAUAUCUCCGGAUGUGUUAAUGUGCAAGCCAUACCAUGGUAAACCGUCAGACAUGUGGGCACUUGGUGUUGUCUUGUAUACAAUGUUGUAUGGACAAUUCCCAUUCUGCGAUACUAGUCUCACACAGCUCUUCAGUAGGAUACAGGCUGCUAGUUAUAAUAUACCUCCGGACGGUAAUUCAGUACAAGUUUCAAAUAAUACGGUCUUCUUGAUUCAAAGACUAUUGGUUAAGGAUCCAAAACACAGAUUACUUGCGGAUGAUGUAUUGGAUCAGUUAUCAAGUAUAAUAGCAAGUUAUGUGAUAGUACCAAAUCCUCCAGAAGACCUCCAGGUGGUCCCCGAUGUACCUUUACAAGAAGAGACAGAUGAGAAACCAGCUGUUCAGAAUAAGGAUACUACACCAGAAAAUACUGAACGGACAUCUAAUAAUCAUGAAGAAAUGGGUGUAUUUUGUGUGCCCUUACCCGAAUUCUUCGCUCUAAACUUCCCACCAGCGAACCGACAGAACGGCAUCAUAAUACCAACAACAGUUGAUUCAUCAUCAAUCACAUCACCUAAUAAUAAUCAACGUCAAAUAACAGUACAAAGAAUAGGAAGAGAUGCAAGACCACUGUUACCAUGUGAAAUAGCAAGAUAUCAACAUAUGUUUGCAACAAAUCGAACGGAAAGAAGAUCUGAAAUACAAAACUUUGUUCCGGAAAGACAGGAACGACCUGAAAAUUCAAGAUUAAGAACACUAGCUCAGAGAAUACCGAGGUUAAAUGCAAGUAAUCCCGCAGAUUUUAGAGUGAUACCUUGGUCUGAAAGAUCUAGGUUACAAGAUAGGACUUGGGAUCAAGAUGCUGUUGUCAGAUUGUCUAUUUUAGAUUUAUCUCGGCCAAAUAGAAUAAUGAAUCCUCCUCCGGUGCAUAGUGUCAAUCCUGAAUCGGUUAUUAAUAAUCCAAGACCACCCGUUGAUAAUUCUGAAUUGGAUUAUAACUAGAUUU